UCGACCUGAGUCAAAAUGUCUGCCACGUCGUUGGUAGCUCGUGUUUUCACGAGACAUGUCGCCAAUGUUUGUUACAAACCUGCCUCAUUGCCGGUUCAAGUGCAGCCGAAAAGAAAUCAGUGGAAUCUUGUGAAAGUCCCAAAACCUGGAGAGAACGGGAAAAGUUACCGAAGAAUCGUCCACUAUAAAGACAAGUAUACGGUUGAACCUUUAAAUGUUACGAAUUUAGCAGGAAGAGAUCCCGUUACAGGAAGAGUGGUGGCGAAAGGUAUCGGUGGAGGGAUCAAACACAAAUAUCACUGGAUACAGUGGAUCAGAGAUGGGCCUGCUGAUCUUGAUGAACCCCCGAGAGAAGACAAAGUGUUGGCAGUAUUCAAGGACGGUUGCAGAACGUCGUUCGUAGCUUUGGUUGGAAGCGGCUCUAAUUUACAGUACAUUCUCGCGACGGAGAAUAUGAAAGUUGGAGACAUAAUUCGUACUCAUAAAGGCAUUCCUGAAAAUCAUGUCAGAGCCUUUGAAGGAGAUGCUUAUCCAUUGGGAGCGUUGCCCAUAGGGACGAUCGUUAAUUGCGUGGAAAAAUAUCCUGGUCAAGGAGGUUCUCUCAUUCACGCUGCUGGAACGUACGGCACGAUAUUAAGGAAGGACGGAGAGGAUCGCGUGGUCGUUAAAAUGCCAAGCAAAAAGGAGUUCAGCAUCUACAAAACCUGUAUGGCGACUGUAGGUAGACUGUCGAACAUCGAACAUGGUUCGACGCCAAUUGGUAGCGCACAGAAGAAUAGGGAACUUGGAAAUCGACCGAGAAGCGGUCUGUGGCAGAGGAAGACCGGUCGAUUCGGCCGAAAAAUAAAACCUCCGGGUCCUGUACGGAAGGUCGGCAUAGAUGAAAAGGAUAAUAUAAACAUUAAGCUUGAAAUGAAUAUUGUAGGACUGAAUGCUGUAAACUUAUAAAUUGUAUUCAAUAAAUGUUAUUUUAUUGUACCGUU